UUAACAAAUAAACAUAGUAGCCGGGUCGGCUAUUGCAUCGAUUUCUUGCAUAAACGUGCCACUUGUUUACUUUACAGAUCCGUAAAUAUACUCAACAUUUAUAAUAAAAAAAAAUUAACUGGACGCCAUUAGACAGCAAAAAAAGCGGAACACCGAUUGGCAGAAAGGUUUCGGCGCGGCGACGGACAGCCAAUGACAUUAUUUCUAUUUCUAAGUAAACACAGCGUGGACUGAAAUAGGCAACAAUGGGUUAAAGCAAUUGCUAAAGUUGUAAAUAGAAUUAAAUGCCCAUUUCAGAACUUUAUUUAAUCGUAAUUUGAUCUGGACCCUUUACAAUUUCAGGCGAAAGUGUGCUCUUUUAAGACGUGCAGUGGAGCUACCUAAAAGUAGGCCGCUACUUACGCUUGGACUUACGGACAGGAACAGGAAGAUUUGUUACGCGAGCAAGCUCCCGUGGUAACUAUCCGCCUAGCUACUUUUACAUGAUCUAGCUGUAUUAUUUUUCAUAAGUACAUAUAAACGGGCAAAAUAUUAGCAAAACUAUAAAUAUGAGCGAGCCCACGGACUGCAAGCAGCAGUCCAAGCCCAGCAAGCGAAGCGCAUCCCCGGAGCAGAGUUGUUCGUCACCGCCGGCCAAGGCAGCCAAAGUUCAGGAUGACAUUCAGGAAUUAGCGCUCGACUCGAGGGGUGGUAGAAAUGGAGAAGCUGCACCCGUUGAGCCAGGUGGUGAACGAGUACAUGGGGAGGCUGAUGUAGCAACAAAAACAGAGGAUCCGGAGAGGAAGAGCAUCGAAACAAGUUUCACCUCCAAUUCUACGGAGAGUGCAAACGAGCGUCCUACAACCAGCAGCGGGAUUGCAAAGCCAGCCGCUUGCGGGAACAGCGGCGAAAGUGAGAGGCCAGUGGAAGCAGCGGUCGCUGGUGCACCAGGACGCCGUAGCGUACUUCUUAAAGGGCCUGGGCACGCAUCUUCGCAUCAGCAGUCGGAUUGGGCGGCUAUUGCAGCCGCAGAAGCGCUGGCGAGUUUAACGGGAGGGGACGGGGACGGCGAGAGGCCGCAUUCCAGUAAAGACGAAACUGAUAAACAGGGACCAGGCAAACGACACACUCCGAGACCCGGCGAUUGUACAGACAGUCAUCAACGAGGAAACUGUCCGAAAACUCGGGCAGUUGCGGCGGACAGCUCUACUUCUGUCCCUGAACGGAGCGCUGUGCUGGGUACUGCUGCGAUAGAGCGAAUAGACAGGUCGCGGGACACGGAUGAUGAUGAUGAUGAUGAUGAAGAAGAGGACGACGAGGAUUCCCUCCUCGCUUCCUCUUCUAGCCCAGACUUCUCCUCAGGUUCGGAAGACUGCACCGCGGAGGAUGCGGAGUGCGCUAUUGUGUCCGUUAAACUGGCCCCGGAGACGCGGCAGGCGGUGGCUCAGCUGGCCCGGUUGCAGAUGCAGCUUGAGACACUGGAGAGGAAAGGCGUCCGGCAGCACCAGCGCCUAGAGCUCAAACUGAACCAGCAGCGCCGCCCGCACCUGGACCAGCGCGGCUCCAUCAUCAAAGACAUCCCCGGUUUCUGGGUUGCCGCUCUCCUGAAUCACCCCCAGCUGUCUGCUCACAUUGACGAAAAUGACGAGGACGCCCUCAGCUACAUGACCAACCUUGAGAUUGAGAACAAUGGGAUGGGCUAUAGGAUUGGGUUCCAUUUCCGACGGAACCCAUACUUCCAGAACAGUGUCAUCGUCAAGGAGCUCCAUCUUGCCUUGGGAGGUUCUGCUAUGUCUUUUUCCAACCCCAUCCUGUGGCACCGCGGGCAGAACCUGACGGCUCGAACCCGGCUGGUCAAAGGUCCUGGUGCCUUCCCGCUAUAUCCAAGCUUCUUUACCUGGUUCAGUGACCACAGCAACCCUGAGAGAGACGAGAUAGCCCAGAUCAUGAAGAAUGACCUGUACAAGAAUCCUCUCAGAUACUAUCUGACGCCGAUGUGGGAGCCCAGACUGAAUGGCAGUGCUGCCAGGGUGACCAUCAACAGCAAUAGCAGCGAUUGUGUGGUGAUAUCGGACUCGGACGAUGACGAUGAAGAUGAUGACGACGAUGACGACAAAGAGGAAGAGGGUGAUCCAGCUGUUAACCAAAGUGAAGAAGAUCGAGAUACAGGAAAAAGUUCAGAAGAGGAUGAUGAGGAGGUGCGGAUUGAAGGCUCUGAGGAAGAUGAGGAUGGAGAGGCAAUUGAGGAAGAUGGCAUCAUUCAGGAGAGGGAGGAAGAGGAGGAGCUGGAUGUGGAAGAGCUGGAGGACGCAGAGGGAUGUGGAGGCCCGGAGACCACAGAGCAGGAGGAACAGGAGGAGGAGGAUGUCGAAGUGGAUGAGGAAGAGGAAGAGGAAGAAAGUUAAGACUCCUCGAAAGAUCCCUCUUAUGUUUUACCCCUUUCUUCUUUUACACGAACUUCCUGUUGUUUUGCACCUACUGCUGGUUCCAGGAUUUUGUUGUUGUGUCCUUUCCUGUUUUUUUGGGGGGUUUUUUUGCUGAUUUCCCUGUUUUACGUAUUUUAGUCUUUAUGUUUUCCUGCUUUCUGAAUCAGGGUAACUUUGAGUGUGAUCCUGUGCAAGUACCCGCAGCUCAACUGCUCCCUGGGGCUUCAGGGAAAUACAGGCUGUGCUGUGAGCUCUUCAGUACGCAGGGCCACUCCCAACCUGGGGCCGCAGUUCUGCAGAUUACUCUGCCAGUUAGCAAUUUGGCAGUACCAGAACCAAAUCUGCAGCAAGCCGCAAAAGUCAAACGUUUACAGUUGCAUGGAAACUAAGUGUCUGAUUCACUAAGACACAGGUGUGAAACUCCAGUCCCGGAGGGCCGCAGUGUCUGCUGGUUUUUGGGUUGUUCUCGGCACCUGUGGUUCAUUCAAGUCAUUGAUUGGCUAAUUGAAUUAAUUGUCAGCUGAUUGAAAGGAAACCACAAAAACCUGCAGACACUGCGGCCCCCUGGGAAUUGAGUUUGACAUCCCUGUAGGAAGACAUUUUAGCAUGUGCACCUUUUAGCCUUUUGGCUCACACAACACCUAUAAAACAACCAGUGAUUGGUGCAAAAUAAAUGCCGUGGCCAAUUAUUGGUUGUUAUUGGUUUUGCGUGUGGUAAAAUAUUUUGAAUUUGCUAAAGCUCUUUGUCAGUCAGGCCCUAAAUCCAUUUCUGCUUUUUGUUGUUGUGCAAUGGCGUUCAUGGGAUAUGCAGAAAAAUAUUGAAAUGAUAACUGCACCAUUCACCACUGAAAGCACAACACAAAUGCUUCCAGAAAAAACUACAACCCGCUUACCCUUUAAAACCUUUUGUGAGAUUGAGGUGCGUUUAGUAACAGUCAGGAGUGUGUAAUGAGAUUGAUGUGUGCUGGUGUGUUUAGGGAAAGUGAGAGUGUUUACUGGGUUUUGGCCGAGUGAGGUGUGUUUAGUGAGAGUGAGUUGUGUCUCGUGAGAAUGCCUCUUUAAAGCAGCAGGCUUCAGACCAUAAUUGGAUUUCUCAGGGAUUAACAAGUGGCAUUUCCCUCCUUUAACGUGGGUCCAUUCAGCUGGUGAGCUUUUCUUUUCCCUCCGUUUCCAUGAUUGUGGGUUUCAUCUCAAGGGCGUAAAUGCUGAAAUGUGUUUUCACCAGUGUGUUUUCUCUUUGCUGCCUUCACGCAUUUGUGAUGAUUUCUGUUUUUCGUGUUGAGUUUGUGUGAGUCGUUCUGUUGGAACAGACUGGUUUUCUUCAGCUCUGCUUUCACUCACUUUACUUUUUCAUUUUAAACCUUCAUUCUCCAUUUCAUUUCGUAAUUGUCUAUGCAUUUGAUCUCAGACUGUUAUUAUGAUUGAGUGGCAAUCAUGGAUGAAUGCAAUUUUCAGGGCGAGAGCUUUCAAAGUAAUAAAGGUAUUUAAAGUAACCCUUUAAGAGUGUAAAAUGUAAAAAAGAUAUACACUGAGUGAACACUUUAUUAGGUAGACCUGUACACCAGCUUGUUAAUGUAUAUUUAAUCAGCCAAUCAUGUGGCAGCAACUAAAUGCAUAAAAGCAUGCGAACAUGGUCAAGAGGUUCAGCUGUUUUCCAACCAAAUUUCAGAAUGGGGAAGAAAUGUGAUCAAAGUGACUUUGACCAUGGGAUGAUUGUUGGUGCCCAACAGGGUGGUUUGAGUAUAUCGGAAACUGCUGAUCUCCUGGGAUUUUCACACAGGACACAGACAGGGUUUGCAGAGAAUGGUGUGAAAAACAAAAAACAUCCAGUAAGCAGCCAUUCUGCAGGCAAAAACACCUUGCUAAUGAGAGAGGUCAGAGAAGGGCCAGACUGGUCAAAGCUGACAGGAAGGUGACCGUAACGUAAAUAACCACACAUUACAACAGUGGUAUGCAGAAGGGCCAGCUCUUAAGUGGAUAGGCUACAGCAGCAGAAGACCAAUAAGUCUCAAAAGUGACUCUAAUAAAUACCUAACAAAGUGCUCGCUGAGUGUAUACGUUCACUAUUUUCAUAAGUAAAACCCCUGAUACUUUAGGUAUGUUUAUGGUGUAUGCAGUACAUUCUCAUUUACAGAUAAUGGAUACCACUAGACGUUUUCUGUGGAUACAUUUUUUUAAUAGUAGCGUAUUGGCAAAUUGAAUCAAACCAUUCUGCAGCUGAAAAUAUAUUUGAUCCUCUAUAAUCACAAUCACAUGUAAACACAUGUUUGUUCUUUACCAUAUUAUUUGUUGGUACAUUUCAGGAAGCACUGAAAUAAGAUGGCAUGGAGUGUGAUUCAUUUUAUAAGCAUGCUUUAUGCUCAGUAAUGCUUGUACACAUUUUUUAUUCUACAUUCAGUUUAUGCAGUUUGUUUAGUCACCAUUUUCAAAUGGUGCACUAUUCGUUGUGUGUAAAUGCUUUAAAAAUGGUCUGAACAAGUUAGCUGAUUGUAAGGUGCUUCUACACUGACUAUACAAUACAAUAUUUUUUCCAUGUGUAAAUAUUUUGGCUGUUUUACAUUUCAAUAAUAUGUAUUUCAACCAGUUUUAUUUAGUAUUUUGAUGGUUUUAGGCUAAGCUUCAAAGCCAUAGUAACUUAUUAUCAUUGUAGUUGCCUGCUACUUGCAUCUUGGCAAAAAUAUCAUCCGCAAAGAUUUUUUUAUUUGUACGUCAUUGUGCUGCAUUUUCUUUAUGUGAACCUUCAGUAAUUGUGUAGAAAUAGCUUGGUGAGCAGAGUAUAGCCACAUGAUCCCAGUGUAUCUUAGCCAGUUAGGGUUUCUGAUGAGAUGCUUUAGGAAAGACUUGUAUUCUUGGUUUACCCAGCUGCCCACCCCUUGUCAAAAGGGAAUGUGUAAAUAACACACUUCCAAUGAGAAACUUGCCCCUUCAAGGAAUUUCUGAACCACUGGACUCAGAUGAAUCGAGACAAAGAUCAUAGACACUGGGCAAGAUGCAGCAGUUACACCUCUUCUUUUCUAGACUGAGAAUGAUUACAGUCCUGGCAGUGACCUCGCUGCCUACUUUGCUUUGCAGAAAAUCUCUCUUUGUCUUUUCUUGUUUGAACGCGGUGAUUGCAGUGGUGGGCCUACAAAAACGCCACACAGUCGAUUUUUAUCCUGUAUCUGGAGAUGUUGUCACUAGCCUACUGACUCAUUUUAAUAUUACAAGACCCUUUUUAUAAAGCAAAUUCCUUGUAAAUAUUUAAUCUUUCCCUUUGAAAAUGGGUUAAGAUGUGUUUGAUAUUGUGUUUGAUAUUGUUAUUAAUAUGAAUAACAAUUUGGAAUCGGCGAGAUAAAUGCUGUAUUUUGUGUGUGCUCAAUUUGAAAUUGUAUCUUUUGAUAACUUACGGGUAGUUUUGGAAAAUGAAAGAACUAUUUAAAAGGUUAAUUUUGCAUCUUUGUUUCCAAAUAAAGAUAAGGAUGUCCCAA